AUGGGGCGGCGAGCACCUGGAGGCCCCUCCUGGCGCUGCUGCCUCGGCUCGACCGCCGGGCGCGCCGCGAGGCGAGCAGCAGCGAGGCGAGCAGCAGCGAGGCGAGCAGCAGCGAGGGCCUAUGUGCGCUUUGGCAACACGGAGACCGGGCUGCUCAAGUUGGUCAAAGGGCGCGGCAAGUGGUCUCCGUCGGGAGCGACGGCAGCGGCGGUGGCGGGGGAGGAGGAGGAGGCCGAGGAGGAGGGGGAGGAGGGGGAGGAGGAGGAUGCCCCCAAGGGAAAGCUCAAGGAGCAGCCUGGCGAUUACCCCUUUGCGCGGCAGCAGGAUUGCGAUCUACGUUUGUUUGAUUUUGAGGCUUUCGGAGGCUUUGGAAAGGAGGUUCGCAGCACCCUGAGGGAGGCGGCGAACCAGCUGAGCAACAAACUUUCGCACGCUCAGCACCUGGACGAGGUCACAUGGACCACCAAGAACUGGCACGGGCUGCAGAUGCAGCGCUUGUCUGUCGUCCUCCACACCGCCGUGGCGUGGCAGACGGUGAACGAGCUAGCCAGCGAGAUGGAGAACACCGACAUGAACAACAUGAACACAGACGCGAAGAUCAAGACGGAUGCUCUCGGCGUCCUGCCCGAGCCGCUCAACGGCGGGACUACGGCCAACCGGCAGCUCAUGGCGCACAUUGGCCCGAUCCGCGCAGCGAUUGCCUCGAAGCUCGGAGUGAAGCUGGACCACAUGCGCAUCUCCAACAAGAUGUGGAACGUGCUGAAAGAGCUCGAGGCAGAAGACCGCAUCAAUGCGGUCAAAAAAAUGGAGAAGGAGAAGGACAUCCACCGCGAGAUUUCCAGGGGCAAAUUCGUGGUCUUCAUGUCCACGGGGGCAAGGGCCGCUGGCAUGUUCGCCGCCAAAACGCUCGAGGAGACGCUCGAGGACCGCGCUGCACGCAUCGAGAUCCCAGAGGAGGUGCUCGCCAAAAUCGACGCCUGCUGGCAGCUGGAGGAGCAGUACAAGACUGCGUGUACGCAGCUGCACGAGGACAGUGACGCGGUGACGCUUGUUGCGGACGAGGACGGGGAAGACAAGUCUGUGACGGCCCCGGCCUUCACGGCCCUCUUGGAGCGCGCCAAGAUGAAAAAGCAGCAGGACCAGGAGGAGAAGGCCGCAAUGCAAGACGCGGACAAGAUCAAGAUCGAGCAGUUGCUCAAGUCGGAGGAGGCCGAGCUGAGCCUUCUCGAGGACAAGCUGGACGAGCAGCGGCGUCGGAAGACGAGCAUCGAUGCGGAGCUGGCCAAGGAGAAGGACCAGCGCGACACGCUUGAGAAGGAGGCUGUCGCGCUCGCUCGUGUCGUUUUGAAGAGCGAGGGGCAGGAGGCGCGCGACAAGGAUCUUCGGAAGCUGCGGGUCAAAAACCUGGAGGCGAUCAAUGAGAAGGAGGAGGAGGCCACAAAGCUCGAGGACUCCAUCGAGCAGUACAAGAAGGAGAAGGCCAAGCGCGAGGUGAAGAUCGCAAAGUAUCGCAGCAAGAUCGUGAGUGCUCCGCGCACGCUGACGCCGGAGCAAGAGAUUGACGAGCUCUACGAGACGUUAGAGCUUUACGAUGGCCGCCUCUUGGACCUGGAGGGGCGCCAGUCGUUCGUCGAGUCAGAGGCGGAGAGGGCCGUCCAGAAGGUGGGAGCGUUCUGGAUCGCCAGGCUCGCGCAGGCGGACGCUAGGGAGGCGGAGGCAGACGCCAAGGCAUCGGACCUUCGCGCCGUCCUCGAUCGACUAGGCGAGGGCUCUGCAGCCGGGAAGGCGGAUGCAGCACCGGAGAGAAAGGCCAAGGCGGUUGUGGACGUGGUCAAGGAGAAGGCGGAGGAGGAGAAGCCGGCGAAGGAGGCGGUGGAGGAGGCGGCGGUCAAGGACGCUGGCGCAGCGGUGGCAGUGGGAGCAGCGACGGAGGCGCCCAAGACGACGGCUGAGGUGGCGACGGAGACCAAGACGGCUGCGACCGACGAGAAAGGCGGCGGCGACAAGGCGGCAGCGGGGGGCGAGGAGCUGCGGGGCGGCGAGGAAGCGGCGGCGGGUCUGGCUUCGGCUGGUCCUGCCGCCUCCGCCUCGCUUCCCUCGAUGCAGGAGAGGUACGCCUCGGCCGAGGCAGCGGGCGAGUACGUCCACGUCGCGCAGUACGAGGAGUACGACGGCGUCGAGUACGGCCUCCGCUCGGCGAUGUCGCAGCUGCCGGACGAGCCGCCUCGCUCGUCGCCCCUCCACCCGGACGGGGAGCUGCGCACCAAGUUGACGGGACUCUCCCUGCCGACCACCGGUCUGCGCGCAGAGCUCGAGGCGCGCUACGACUAUGCGAUGCGGCUUGAGCGCGCAAAGACGCAACAGUGGGACCCUGCGGCCCAAGCUUGGGUACAGAUGCCGAUACCGAUGCAGUGA